AUGGAUGAAACAACCUCUUUCCAGGUAACCGUUUUACCACGGGGAUCCGAAGCGAAGUACAAUUUCGGCGCAGUCAUUACAGGAGUUGACUUGAAUGAUAUCUCUGACGACGACCCCGAACGUCUCAAAGCCGCCGUAUGGCGACACAAAGUCGUCAUUAUAAAAGAUCAAUCAAAUCUCGACCCAAAGAAGCAAUGGGAAUUAAUCACUAGACUAGAUCCAAAAGCGAAGGAUGGACACAGCCAUGGAAGCAUUGACAAGUUCCGCGCAAAGGGAGGUUUGUUAGCACAAGGAAGAGAAGUCGUCGGCAUCCCCGGCGCCGAAAACGUGCGUCUAAUAGGCAAAGGCUUCCAAGGCACAGAUCACUACGGAAUCAAAAACCACACCGUCGAACGCGGAUUGAGCAAUGAUUUCCACGCCAUCCCGCCCUCUACAAGCGAUUUAGAGAAUGGAAUAACCCGCUUCCAGAGAUGGCAUAUCGAUGCUCCGCUAUAUGACCGUGAUCCGACAUGGUUCACAUCCCUACGAUGCAUCAAACUCCCCCGUGGGGAUGAUCUCACGAUUGAACGGGCUGAUGGGUCAGGGCUGAAUAUGAAAUGUCCGCCUGGGCGGACGGCGUUUUUCAGUACAUCGCAGCUUUACAGCUUGUUAACGCCAGAGGAGAAGAAGUUGGUGGAUCAUAGUUGGGUUGAGUAUGCGCCGUAUCCGUAUAAGUGGAUUCAGCGUUGUAAGGGGAAUAGUAAUGGGUUGGGUCUUGCAGCUGGGGGGGAACGUUUGUCGAUUGAAGAGUUAGGGGAAUUUGAUCCUGCGGCUGUGAAGAAGGUUGGUCAUUCCACACCCUUCUUCCCAAUGGAGAAGAUGCUCAUAAAGUAG